CCCCUCAAGGCAAAAGGGGCAAGAUCAGGAUUUUAACAGGUCAACAUUGAUCACCAAGACCACCUGAAAAGAACAAUAUUAAAACAAUCAGUUGUAGUUAAGACUGCCAUUCAGCUGCAUAUGAGGUGUUCCUGUCUGCUGUAUUAAAAGCAAUGAUUAAUGAGUCGCUCAGAGAGGGAACCGGCCUAUUGACAAACCAGAAUCAUGCUGUGAUUAAUUAGGGGAAAGUCUUUACAGCUUGGGAUCCCUCAGGCUGGAACAAUCAACACCGUCCCAUCGAAGUGCCACAUGAAGCUAAACGUGGAAGCAAAAGCCUCUCAAGCAGAAUCGUAUUGUUAAAGUCCUGCAAACUACUUAUCACGUUUUCUGUGACGUUUAUUUAAAUUAGCAAUACAAGCUUGCUCUAGUCAUGCUAACUGGUAUGGUGGAAUUCAACCUUUAAGGAAAACCAGAACUUUAAGGUAGACAUCUUGUGUAAGUGAAUCUCCAAUUAACAUGGUGUUGAAAAUCUGGCCCUAUGAAUAAUAAAAACAGAUUGUUUCUGUUCUCAUCUGUUCACACCAAGUAACAUCAAACUGUUAUGUGCAAAAUGUUAAUCCAACUUGGGCUUCAGGCUACAAGUCACAAUGAGAUCUUUGCUUCUUCCCAAAGAAUUGCAUUCAGGUCUUCACCGCUCUUGCAGCUGAAUGCAACGAAGUGCUUCCAGCUUUGAUUAGUUGGUGUCAAUGCCGCUAUGAGUAUUAUAAUGGAUGAGGCCAGCUUUGAGGUCCCCAGUGAGAGUUCUGUGCUCUAUAAAACCACGCUGUUCCCCCAGCCACAAACGACCACUCAGAAAACCUGAUUGUACACAUCUACAGAAACCGGAGGGAGAAAACUUUUACAGGCUGCUACUUUUAUGUUACACACUAAACUUGUGGGUUUAACUCACUGCUGGGCAGCAGCUAGCAGCCAGAUUUGCAAAAACUAAUAGGAGUGAACAGACACAUUAGUAGACACUUGUAGACACCGAAAGGAUGAACGGUAAGUUUUUUCUACGUAUUGUACUGAUGACAUGAUCUGUGCUCAUUAUUUUACACUCAGCUCCCCACUUCACCAGGGACAAACUGGUGAAGUGGGGAGCUGACCUUGAGCUGCUUGGAGAAUUUGGAAAAAUGUAACAAUGUACAUGGAUGUUUGCCUUUUUUUCCUCUUAGGUCUUGCACUGUCCCAGAGCUGUGAACUUUCAUUGCCUGGCUGCACAGAUGGAGGGGCACUAUUCAUCACCAAGGCCCCCCAAGUCUGUGGGGUCAGAGUUCAACUUGAGAUGCAGGCACUGUGGCGGCAGUUUGACCAGCUGGGCACAGAAAUGAUAGUUACAAAAUCUGGAAGGAGGAUGUUUCCAACAUUUCAGGUGAGAAUCUCUGGAAUGGAUCCUUCAGCCGAGUAUGUACUGCUCAUGGACUUCAUCCCUGUCGAUGACAAGAGAUACAGAUAUGCAUUCCACAACUCCUCAUGGUUGGUAGCAGGGCGAGCGGAUGUUGCAGCCCCGAGCAGGAUGCAUUUCCACCCAGACUCACCGGCCCCCGGAGCCCAGUGGAUGAAGCAGACAGUGUCGUUUGACACUCUCAAGCUCACCAACAACCUGCUGGAUGACAACGGACAUAUGAUUCUGAACUCCAUGCACCGUUAUCAGCCACGCUUCCAUGUAGUGUAUGUGGACCCAGCACCCAACAGUCAUUUAAACGCCUACAAGAACUUUUGCUCUUUCUCCUUCCCUGAGACACGGUUCUUGGCUGUCACCGCCUAUCAGAAUCACAGGAUAACUCAGUUGAAAAUUGCAAGCAACCCAUUUGCUAAAGGCUUCAGGACCACAGACCCACAGGCAUGGGAAAGUACUGCAAGCUCCCUUGCAGUAUCCUGUCCACCAGAUGGCGGUACAGAGCCCCUCGUCAUUAAACCUAAAGAUCAGGGUCGUUUAAAGCCUUCACCCAGACAGACCAGUUCAUCCUCUGUGCUGCUACAGGAGUGUGAGCUGCCUUACCAAAAGGAGGACUCUGUGGAAGUCACCAUGGAGAGCAAAGAUGGGAACAGUUUAACAACAUCUGCACAUUUCCUCCAUAUCCCUGUGUACUGGGAUUGCACUGGAUCAUCUCACUAGAAAGUCAACCUGUUGCAAAGCAAGCAAACAAAAAACAAUUGUUCCAAUUAGCCCCUUAACAUCUGGCUUCUUUCCUUCUUAAAUUUAUGGAUAUAGUAUACUUGCGGUAGUUGUAUUUACUGGCCUCCAUGACAGACCCUUUAAAUUACUUAUUAAAUCCUUUGAAAACAGGAUGUCAAGGGUGGCAUUGUGACAUACAUUAUUAAUGAUGUCACUGAAAGGAGACAUGUUACUCAGGAGCCACAGAACAGAGGUUUACUUCAUAAUAACAAUGACAUUAAAACAGACAUUAAAAUCAGCUAAUACAGUGCUUCUCAAGAGUAUCCCACCUCUUAAAUUACAACUUUUUUGUUAUGUUAAAAACAGGGAUUGCCAUAAAUGAUUCCAAAUGCCUUUCCACACCUAAUUUAUUAUUAUUAUUUUUUAAGUGAGAAAGAAACAAAACAAGAAACAAAUCUAUUAAAAAUGUAGGAAUGAGUAAAUAAAUAAAGGCACAAUAUCAUGGUUGUAAAUGUGUACAUCCUGAAACUGAACUGUUGCUGAAGCACCUUUUGAUUCAGUUUCACAUUAUGUCAUCUCUUGUCCAAAUUAACUCUGGACUUUGACUAGGCCAAUUCAAAGCUUUUAUUUUCCUUUCCUAAAUUGUUACUUUGUUGAUUUGGAUAUAUGUUUAUGCUCACAGCAAUGCUAAAAACUAAAGCUUUAUAGCAGACACCUGAAGGUUUUGGGCUAAACCUGACCAGUAUUUUGGCCAAAGCCUGACUGAAACUGUUUUCAUCCAUCCUGAUGAAAGAUUUCUGUUCCAUCUGAAUAAAAAGUAACCAGAGCAUGUUACUACCCUGCAUAUUUCACCGCAGGGUAGCGAAGUGUUAUUUUGGUGAA